UUGCAGGUUGCUAUAUGUAUGCGGAGUUAUCAGACCUUGUCAUGGGAUGGGGCCACUCAUUUCCGUUUCCAUUCUUCCUUUCUGUGUGCCUUCGGGGGAUCUACGUAUGACGUGGUUGUAGGGAUCGGCGGCUGGGAUGUCCUUCUGCCAACGGUCCCAACGUCGCACUCUGUUUGGCCCGCUGGGAGAGAUUGUGUAUUUCGUUUGCUCUUAUUGCUAUUGAUGCGAUUGGACCCUACUCUUAUUGGAGACGAACUGUCCAUUCCCUCCUUUACUUGGCUCGUUCCCUUUUUCCUUUCUUCUCCAUUCCAGCUGAACCCUUUUUUUUAUUGGAAAACCUCUUGUUGGAAUAUGUGUAGCGAAGUGAGACAUGGACAUGGUAUCGUAUCAUAUCGUAUCCACACCCUGGAACUCCUACUCACUAGCGCCCUUGUCUCUCUCGUGUCAUCCACUCCCAACUUCAUACACUCGCUGUGCUGUGUGUUUGGGGUAGACGACCAAUGUCUCUCCCUUCUCGCUCUUAUCUUCGCUUCUUACUAUCCCCCCUUCUGCUGUCCCAAUCUCCAAUGUCUCAAACCCGCACUCAAUCUUGAGCCCGUGCGCAAACCUCAUCUUCUCUUUCCCACUUGCAUCAUCGUCAGUCCAGAAAAAAAAGUAGUGGUGGGUCUAUAUUGA